AUGACUCCCGACGAGCAAGCGAUGGUGUUCUCCUUUGCCCAGUCCACAUUCUUCAACACUGUAAAUUUGAUAGUAACUAUCACCGGGUAUGGAGCAUUUGUUUUGGGAACAAUCAUUGCCGUCGUAUCUCUCAGGAGAAGAACCUGGGGACGGUCACAGACUAUCCUACUCGUUUGUCUGCUCGUGAUAUUUUCUUGCUUCACCUGGGACAUCUUCUACUCUGGAGGAUUCAACAUCUCCGAUAUCCGGUAUACAUUUGUGCAAACCUUACCAGGGGGCCUGGUGGCUCAAGCUGAAGCAUCCGAUCGGAAAACGUUGGCGUGGCAGUAUAUGCCAUCGUGGGCUGCAACGGUCAAUCUUCUCUUGAGCGAUUGCAUCGUUGUUUGGAGAGCGUGGAUAUUAUUCCGAGAUGGAAAAUUCUGGAAAGUUUCUCUAGUGGUUCUCAUGAUAGCCAACAUAGGCGUCAAUGUCGCUGAUUGUAUCUGGGGUAACAUCGAACUCAGUGUCGAGAUCGCAAGCUCCACUACUUGA